AUGGGAGAAGAUAUAAUCCAACAUGGGCCAAAGUCAAAUGUAUUCCAUGCUGGUACACCCCGGGAUAUUGUUAAUCAGCCCCAGAAUUUGGAUUCGAAGCCAAAAAUGGUUGCAUCAGGCUGUAGUGCUACAACGGUAAUUUCUUCAGUAGCAGCAACAGCAACAACACUUCCGAAUAAUUCCAGUGAAAUUGGUAAUUCGUCUUCAUCAUCGAGCGCCACCGGCUCACCAGUCAAUGAUGAUUGUGGACAUCGAAAUUAUGGUGCAAAAAUUUUUUGA